AUGACCACGGGCGCCACCCUUUGGGACGCUGCGUUGCUGCUCAGCGCCUACCUCUGUACGUCAACGCGCCCGCGCCUACGUGGCUCGCACGUCUUGGAGCUGGGCAGUGGCUGCGGUCUGGUGGGCUUGGUGGCAAAGCGCUUGGGAGCCGAGGUGACGCUCACCGACCUCCCAAGCUUGCUGCCCUUGCUGGAGGCCAAUGCGAACUGCAACGGCGCCGACGUGGACAUUCGGCCGCUCUUGUGGCAAGAGGCUGCCCAGAUGCGGUGGAUUCAAAACCACCGCUUCGACCUGGUCCUGAUGUCGGACCUCCUCUACCACGAGGAGCAGUUCGACCCGCUUUGGACCGUUCUGCAGGUGCUGACAGCGCAAGCCAAGCUGAAGCGGAGACGAGACGACGAGCCAGACGUCUCACAGGUCGAAGACGAUGUGACGAUGGACAGGCUUGAAAUUCCUUUGGUUCCAAGAACUUCACCAACCGGAACUUUGUGA